AUGCCCGGCGCCGGCGCCCCUCUCGCCGUCUUCCUCGUCACCUCCCUCAAGUCCGGCGCGCGCCUCCGGCACGGGGAGCAGCUCCACGCGCUCGCCGCCAAGUCGGGCCUCCUCGUCUCCAACCCCUUCGUCCGCAACUCCCUGCUCGCCUUCUACGCCCGCCUCACCCCCGCCUCCCACGCGCCAGCGCUCGCCCUCCACCUGUUCGACGAAAUACCGCCAACCCUCCGCGACCCGACCGCCCACAACACCAUCCUCGCGGCCCUCACUCGCGCCGGCCGGCUCGACCUCGCGCGGCGCAUGCUCGCGGAGAUGCCCCAGGCCCAGCGGGACACCGUCUCGCACACCACCGUCCUGACCGCCCUCGCGCGCGCCGGCCACUCGGAGGACGCCCUGGCCGUCUUCCGCGGCAUGCUCGCCCAGGGCGUGCCUCCCAACGAGGUCACUCUCGCCGGCGUGCUCACGGCGUUGGCCCAUGACACGGCGCCGGUGCCAGUUAGCGUGGCGCAUGGAGUCACCGUGCGGCGUGGGCUCGACGGGUUUCUCAUCGUGGCCACCAACCUGGUCCAUGCUUAUGCAUCGACCUCACAGGUCUGUUCUGCCCGAGAGAUCUUCGAGUGGAUGCCGGAGAAGAACACGGUCACCUGGAAUGCCAUGCUCAACGGCUACGUGAAGGCAGGGAUGGUUCAGAGGGCUGCCGAGGUAUUCGGGCGGAUCCCGGAAAGGGACGCGGUCUCGUGGCUGACGAUGAUCGACGGGUAUAUCCGCGCAGAUUGUAGAUCAGAAGCCCUCAGGGCAUAUGCUGGCAUGGUGGCUGAGGCGGACACGAGGGGCAACGCGGCGCUGCUUGUUGAUUUGAUAAAGGUGUGCGCUCGGCAUGCUGCUGUUUCAGAAGGGCAGCAACUCCACGCGAUCAUUCUGAAGGAUGGUUUUGAUGCCCAUCUGUUUGUGCAAGCGACCCUUAUCCAUUUCUAUGGUUCUUGUGAUCGCCUCGACCUUGCCCGGAUGCAGUUCAAAUUAUCAGACAAGUCACACAUUGCGUCGUGGAACGCUCUCAUGUCUGGUCUCCUACGAGGGAACCUGAUGCAGGAAGCAAGGCAACUGUUUGAGGAUAUGCCUGAGAGGGACACCAUCUCGUGGAGUACUUUGCUAUCUGGGUAUGCACAGAGCGGACAUUCGAACACGGCUUUGCAGCUAUUCUUCUCGAUGCUAGGUGCUGGUGUUGAACCGAACGACAUUACCUUGGCAAGUACUCUAUCCGCGGUUGCUGAUUCUGGCACAUUGAAGCAGGGCAGAAGUAUUCAUCACUACGUAGUCAGCAAAUCAAUCCAACUUACCGAUAACCUGAGUGCUGGGCUGAUUGAUAUGUACGCAAAGUGUGGCAGUGUCGCUGAUGCAGUUCAAGUGUUCAGUUAUGUCAAGCGUAAGUCAUUUUCCGUGUCUCCUUGGAACGCUAUCAUCUGCAGUUUAGCCAUCCACGGCCAUGCAAACAUGUCGCUUCAGCUCUUCUCCCAAUUACAAAGCACCAGUAUCAAGCCAAACUCAGUCACAUACAUUGGCGUCUUAAAUGCAUGCUGUCAUGCUGGGCUCGUUACCGAGGGGAAGCAGCACUUUGAGUCCAUGAGCAGGGAAUAUGGAAUCCAACCAACAAUUAAACACUACGGUUGCAUGGUUGAUCUUCUUGGUCGAGCUGGACACUUGGAAGAGGCGGAACAUCUCACCGAGACGAUGCCGAUGAAAUCAGAUGUGGUGAUAUGGGGCAGCAUCCUUGCAGCUGCGAGGACACAUGGAAACGUAGCCUUAGGUGAAAAGGCCGCGGAAGAGUUGGCCAAGCUUGAUCCAAACCAUGGAGCAUCCAAAGUGGCCUUGUCAAAUAUCUUUGCCGAUGCUCGUCGUUGGAACAACGUGUCAUUAGUGAGGAAGGAACUACAGGACGGAAAUUUGGAGAGGUUAUCUGGAAGCAGUGGAGUUGUUCAGUAAUACUGUAGGUCAUAACAUUUUUUCCUGUGACUCUUCUUGUGCGAACUGCUCUUAAAUUGAGCAAUUAUGAUAGCAAGCAGCUUCUUUUGUGUGAUUAUUCAUUUUAUUUUCAUUCUUUGCUCAUUUAAACUAAAGAAAUAAAAUGGCACCAACUGAAUAUAUGACAAAGCUGACAGUCGACCUCCAGAAAACUGUUAUUUACUUCUUGCGGCAGUUACACUAUUCCUUUACAUGUAAAACUGCAAUUGAGAAAAUCUUUGUACAAACUUCAGAACAAAAUAUUUAAUUGCACGUUACUUUCCAUUAUUCUCACAUGUGCAAAUCCUUAGAAUAACAUGUCUUGCUUCCUAUCCUUCUGGACCAAAUUUACCUAGCUGUUGUUGCUUUAAAUUCUGUACAGUGUUCAAAUCACUGUGUUCAGGAAAAGGUUAGGAUGCUACGAGAAAUUGAUCAGUCUUUCUUCGCACAAUAUAAAAAUCAACUUAUUGCUAUUACAUGUUUGCUUCAGAUAUGGACCUCGUCAUCGCUGUCUGAGCAUCACAGGAUUUAUGUUCAGAUUCUAUGAAUGUUGAUUUAAGAUUGCCAACCUCAGAUUUGAUUUGCUCUUCCCUGUAGAGUUUUUUCAUUCUCGAUUU